AACUCUCUUUUCCAAAGCAAGGAUGACUUUGGUAAGGUUCCGGAGGAGUUUCCGGCAGGUGUCUCCUCAGGUGGUGUUGUUCUUGCUCUUUGCCUUCUGCCUGCUCAGUGUUUUUGUCUCGGCUUACUAUUUAUAUGGGUGGAAAAGAGGACUGGAACCCUCUGCAGACAUCCCCAGUCCAGACUGUGAUGAACCGAAGGUUGCCCCUUCACGUCUACUUCCAUUAAAACCCAUCAAGGUGGUAGAUUCUUCUCGCACAGACCCUUUGGUUCUUGUUUUUGUGGAAAGUCUUUACUCUCAGCUGGGACAGGAGAUUGUGGCCAUCUUGGAAUCCAGUCGUUUCAAAUAUCUGACAGAGAUUGCUCCAGGAAAGGGGGACAUGCCCACGCUGACUGAUAAGGACCGAGGGCGCUUUGCACUGAUAAUCUACGAGAACAUCCUGAAGUAUGUGAACCUGGAUGCCUGGAACCGUGAGCUCUUGGACAAGUACUGUGUGGAGUAUGGUGUAGGAAUCAUUGGCUUUUUCAAGGCCAAUGAGAACAGCUUGCUGAGUGCUCAACUGAAAGGCUUCCCUCUCUUUCUCCACUCCAACCUUGCGCUUAAGGACUGCAGUAUCAAUCCCAAAUCUCCGCUUCUAUACAUCACUCGGCCCAGCGAGGUGGAGAAAGGGCUUCUUCCAGGGGAGGACUGGACAGUAUUCCAGUCAAACCAUUCCACUUAUGAACCUGUCCUCCUGGCCAAAACCAAGUCGGCAGAAUCUAUCCCACACAUGAGCAUUGAUGCCGCACUCCAUACCACUGUGGUUCAGGACUUGGGUCUGCAUGAUGGCAUCCAGAGAGUGCUCUUUGGCAACAACCUGAACUUCUGGCUGCACAAACUUGUCUUCGUGGAUGCAGUUUCCUUCCUCACUGGCAAGAGGCUUUCUCUUCCCCUUGACCGUUAUAUCUUGGUAGAUAUAGAUGAUAUCUUUGUUGGCAAGGAAGGCACACGGAUGAAGGUGGAUGAUGUCAAGGCUCUGUUUGACACCCAGAAUGAACUGCGCACCCAUAUCCCAAAUUUCACUUUCAAUCUGGGUUACUCAGGGAAAUUCUUCCACACAGGUACGGAUGCAGAAGAUGAGGGAGAUGAUCUGCUGCUCUCGUACGUGAAGGAGUUUUGGUGGUUCCCCCACAUGUGGAGUCAUAUGCAGCCUCACCUCUUCCAUAACCAAUCUGUGCUUGCUGACCAAAUGACCAUGAACAAGAAAUUUGCUGUUGAGCAUGGAAUUCCCACUGAUAUGGGAUAUGCAGUGGCACCCCAUCAUUCAGGGGUGUACCCAGUCCAUGUGCAACUGUAUGAAGCCUGGAAACAGGUAUGGGGGAUCAGAGUCACAAGCACUGAAGAGUAUCCUCACCUUAAACCAGCCCGCUAUCGACGAGGCUUUAUCCACAAUGGAAUUAUGGUUCUCCCACGGCAAACGUGUGGCUUGUUCACACAUACCAUCUUCUAUAAUGAAUAUCCUGGUGGUCCCAAUGAACUGGAUAAGAUUAUCAAUGGAGGAGAACUUUUUCUGACUGUGCUACUUAACCCUAUCAGUAUCUUCAUGACCCACCUCUCCAAUUAUGGAAAUGACCGCCUUGGUUUGUACACCUUUAGACACCUAGUCCGCUUCCUCAACUCCUGGACUAACUUGAAGUUGCAAACAUUGCCACCUGUCCAGCUGGCACAAAAGUAUUUCCAGAUAUUCUCGGAAGAGAAAAACCCGCUAUGGCAGGAUCCCUGUGAGGACAAACGCCACAAGGACAUUUGGUCCAAGGAGAAGACCUGUGACCGAUUCCCCAAGCUGCUAAUAAUUGGUCCUCAGAAAACAGGUACCACAGCCCUCUAUCUGUUCCUGGGGAUGCACCCAGACCUCAGCAGUAACUACCCCAGCUCAGAGACUUUUGAGGAGAUUCAGUUCUUCAAUGGACAUAAUUACCACAAGGGCAUUGACUGGUAUAUGGAGUUCUUCCCCAUCCCUUCCAACACCACUUCUGACUUCUAUUUUGAGAAGAGUGCCAAUUACUUUGACUCAGAAGUAGCACCAAGGCGGGCAGCUGCACUGCUUUCCAAGGCUAAAAUAAUCACCAUCCUCAUUAACCCAGCAGAUCGAGCCUACUCUUGGUACCAGCAUCAGCGAGCACAUGACGACCCAGUUGCCCUGAAGUACACCUUUCAUGAGGUGAUUACAGCCGGGCCUGAGGCCUCUCAGAAGCUCCGAACAUUACAGAACCGUUGCCUAGUACCGGGCUGGUAUGCGACCCACGUUGAACGCUGGUUGAAUAAUUUCCAUGCCAACCAGAUUCUCGUUCUGGAUGGCAAGCUGCUACGCACAGAACCAGCCAAAGUGAUGGAAACAGUCCAGAAAUUUCUUGGUGUGACAAAUGUCAUAGAUUACCACAAAACUUUAGCGUUUGAUCCCAAAAAAGGAUUCUGGUGCCAACUACUGGAAGGAGGGAAAACCAAGUGCUUGGGGAAGAGCAAAGGCCGGAAAUACCCAGAGAUGGAUUUAGAUUCAAGAGCGUUCCUGAGGGACUAUUACAGAGACCACAACAUAGAGCUCUCCAAGCUGCUGUACAAAAUGGGCCAGACGUUGCCAACAUGGCUGCGGGAGGAACUCCAGAACACUAGAUAGCCACUUUUAUCUCCUGUAUUGAGCAAUAGUAGAAAGAGUCCGUGGGGAGGAUCCCAAACCUGUACGCCGGGCCGAAAUGACAUAAUGGGUGUGCGGUACACAACCAGGGAAGAAGCAUUUAGAGCAAUAUCUAUUUGAGGUCUCCAGGGGAGGGUGGGGGGAAUGCAGAAAGGACCCAUGCAGUGUGCAUUGCAGCUUGGAAGCCACCUGAGACCUACUGGAAUCGAUGAUUAGCUACACCCCGUGGGCAAGCCAGCAUGACGCAGACCUUCCAGGUGGCCCGGGAACCCGCUUCACUGCUCGUGGUGAGGCUGCCUCCUAGCUUGUAACCCUGCUUCCUGAUAAAGAGGAUCCACAAAAGAUCAGCUCUUUCUUCACCCGUCAGUCGCAGCAGCUGAAAUAGUAUUACAGCAAGCAGAUUCCUUCCCAUCAGGUGAUUAGGAAAAAAGGGAAUGGAGGACUCACUGGGGGUUGCUUAGUAAUAGUUCCUGCAUCAUGCGAGUUUGGAAGACGAUGUGGGUGGUAUGAACUCAGAGCCAGAUGGGGGCCCAGCUGCAAGCCUUGGACCUAAAUAUGCAAUUUGUGCUCAGACCCACACUGGACUCAGAUGAUGUUGUGGAGUAGAAUUCUUAGCUAAGAGAUGUUUUGUUUUUAUACAAGGUGACUUUGAAAGACUUUGGUGCUGGCAAUAUUUAGAUUAUCCCAGAUGGAUUAUUUUUCCCCCAUCUUAUUUGGGGACAUCCUGGGGAAGGGGUGGGAGGAAUCAGAGUGGGGAACACAUACUCAUCCAACACCAUGCCUGGCAGGAGAGCUGUUCCAGAAGGUUAUCAAUAUCACUUCAUUCACCUCGUUUGCAGUCACAUUUUUAUAACAUACCAGAGGUGGUUCCUGUGAUGCAAGACUGAAGCCAUUCAGUAUCCUAGUUCCUUCUAGCACACAUGACCUGCCAGCUCUAAGCAACAGGAAGGUAUUCCAGCAAGAUAGACAGGCCUUGGGAUCAUGGCUGCCCAGGAGAUUACAUAAGGACUUUGAGCCUCUUGAGCAUGAAGAGGACAGUAUUUUUACUUUUUGUGCAUCGCUUGGAUGCUGCACUUCGCAUUUUGGAUCACAGUUUUUUAUUUUGUCCAAUUUGCCAUGAAAAGGAAGUUGGCCUGUGGAUUUGGCUGCUCUGCCAUCGUGGCAUCUGUCUAUUAGAAGAAUUUGGGCCCGCUUCAAUAGAUUGCUCUCCUCCAGGGUUUCCUUUUGGAGUGGUGAUCAAGAAACUUGGUUCAGCCGAGCCCACGUCGUUUGCUGGGUGUGUGUAUCUAAUGAAAUGGUAUCAUCACUGUGAGAGACUCACACAUGUACAUGCAGUUGACUAUUAGUUUGUGUUUCUUUGGAGACAAGUUAAACAGGAUCGCAACUAAGCCACAUUUGUCUUAAUCAGUCUUAAAGCACUUGUUGGAUAGGUUCAUAGAGAAGGCAUGUUCGUCUGGAGCUGGGAAGCCUGAGGUUCUGUUGGGAGUUGAAUGCAUUCAAACAUAUACCGCACGCUCACCCUCAGUGGUGGCAGUAAGGCAUGAAAGCAGAGGUAGGCAACUUUUUCGGGCCUGUGGGCACAUUUGGCAAUUUCAGAACUUACCCUGGGCACCACGACAAAAUGGCUGCCAUGGGCUCCCUCCAUCAGCUUUUCCUCAGUAUGUCUCUGAGCCCUUCCAUGCAGCCCAGAGCCAUUAACUGGAAAUGAAGGUGGCAGAGGCUGGAGGUCUUCAGUUUCCUAUGAAACAGUCUCUGGCACUGGUAAGGAAAUAUGUUAAUUAAACAAAAAACAAAUGACAACUGGUACAGCGCUACUGAGGACUUCAAGAAAGGGGUUCAGGUAAGCACCAAUGUCCAAGGGCAACACAGUGACUGUCCCUGACUUAGAGGAUGUCAGGCACUUGCUUAAAUCUAGACUUGAAUAAAUCCAAUCACACAAAUACUGAUAGGUAAAGCUAAUGGAAGGCAUUAGUAGAAUUUAAAGAAUCAAGUGUACAGGACCUAUUUCUGGCCCUUGGGGACUUGGAUGGGCACUGGUGGCUAUCCCAUCAUAUUACCAUUCAUUUAUGUGUUUUUUCUGAAAUAAUCUAGCUGCACAUGGCUGGAAACAGUAUGUAGGGCUAGGCAGAUCCAGCAGGGAUCCUUUUCUUAUAUGGGUGUCCUUCAUGCUAGCAUGUUAGUGGGAAUACUUCUCUCUGUGGGCAUAGGGUGAAGUGGCAGAAGUGAGAGAGGUUUCUUAAUCCCUUUCUCCUGCCUGCAAGUGAUUGCUUUUGAAAUAAGGCCUGAAAGAACCACCCAAGCCAGGUUCACUCCCCUGAGAGAGAAAGAUGUUUUGGCAGAAUUAUUCUUAGUGCAUUGCCACUGAAUUGCAAGGAUGCAUCUUGUGCCAUCAGAUGCAUCCCCGCUGCACUGACAGAGAUGGGAGAACCAGGGAUGCUGGUUCCUAAACUCUGUCAAAGCUCAGUUCAGCUUGCUUCCUUUCUCAUCGUCAUCCUGUUUUCCCCAGUUAGGUUGACUGGAAAAAGUACAUACCUUUAAUGGGAAAAGUGUGCAUCUUUCAAAGUUUGCAUUCCUCCCCUGGCCACAUGGACCAAAAUGUGAAAAUGCGAUUUUUAAAUGUGCAUUUUUGAACAUGAAUGCAAGUACAUGAAUGUGCAAACAUUUUGUGAGAACAUGCAGUCCACAUUCAGGGUUGCAAAGGGGGUAUUUUCAGAUGAUUUUGCCCCUGAAAUGAGAUUCUCCUGUAUCCCUGCUCAAACAUACACUUCCCUCUGACAUUGUGACUGAGCACCACCUAGAGGAUCAUUCAACAAAUGCUGUGGCCAUUUGUUUCUAUCCUUUAUCCAGUCAGUUUAUUUAAACAGCUAACAAGAAUAUAUGGCUGGGGUAGGAGCAAUGUAGAGCAUUGAAUUGGAGGCUCGUGGAAGGCUAUUCAUUUUGAGAUCAUUUUGAGUGCAUGCACGUACACAAGGUUGUGUUGACGGGCUUCUGCCCCAAGAGGCUUUUAGUAGAGAAAAGCAAACUGCUGGCAGUGAAGGAGCCUUUCUUCCUAGCCACUUUCCCUUCCAGAUAAGAAUGAUGUAGCAGAUGCUACAAAGAGCAGUUCUUUACAUCUGGCAUAUGCUGGGGUGGGCAGGAGAUAGAUCAGGAUCUAUUGAUAAAUCACUGGGUAUUUGCAGGAGAUGAGCUAUUUUUUCUGACUCCCAGAAAACUCUGGCUGAUUUGCUACCAAUCCCACAGAGACCUUUUGAAUGUUGACAACUACAGUUGGUGUAACUCAAAGCCCUGGUCAGUGAAGCAGUAUUGCCUGGUGAUAGAAUUAAUGAAAGUGUCAGACCCAGAAUGCGGCAACAGUAUUUCUCCCAGUGGUUUUAUUGUGAAAUAAGGCACAAGGUCAGCAAGGGCAAUACCUUCCCCUUUAAAUGCUUUUCUGAUGGAGAAAGGCAAAUCUGUAAAGCAGGAGAAGCAAGAAAGAUGCCAACAGCCACACAGGCAGUGAAAGGUCUGCUUACUAUAUAAGUUGCACAGCAAAGAGAUGCUGUGCUCCCCUUGGUUUUAUUGUAAGACCAUCCCGAGACUUUGCUAGUGGAUGGUAUAUAAAAGUUUUAAAUAAAUAAAAAAAAUGUGAGUGCUCAUGUUGAGAAGGUCCAGUUGGGCGAGAGUGGGAAGGCUUCUUCCCUUGUCUAGCA